AUGGGAAAUUUAUGUGAUUUCAUGAAAUCAGAAAAGCAGGAAUUUCAAAGUUCUCUAAAUUAAUAGACUACCUUGCAACCGAUUUAAGAAUACUCAGAGGAAUUGGCGUUAAAAUCGAGUAAGACUCUGGAUAACUCCACAUCAUUUAUGCCUGAAUAAACUCAUAAGAGAGUGGGACUAGAAGAUUUCAUUAUGUUAGCAACAGUUGGCAAAGGUGCCUUUGGAAAAGUAUACAAAGUAAAAAAAAAGGACAAUCAAAAAAUAUAUGCUAUUAAAUGCAUCAAUAAGAAGCUGAUUUUCGAUAGCAAAUUAGAAUCGAAUGCUUUACUAGAGAAGGAUGUCUUAAAACAAAGCAAACACCCAUUCAUAGUGUAGUUAAAAUAUUCCUUCUAAACACCAACCAAAUUAUAUUUAGUGAUGGAAUACAUUAAUGGAGGGGAAUUCUUUAAGAUUCUUACAAAAACAAAAGGCUUACCAGAAUCUAUUGUUGCCUUUGUAGCAGCUGAAGUGGUUUUAGCGUUAGAAUAUUUGAAUAAUUAAUUAAAGGUUAUAUAUAGGGAUUUGAAACCAGAAAAUAUCUUACUUACGACAACAGGACAUGUUAAAUUAACAGAUUUUGGCUUAGCUACUUUAAGAAAGGAUGAAAAUGUGAAAAAUUAUACUUUAGCAGGAACUCCUGAAUAUUUGGCUCCUGAGAUCAUUAACAAAAAAGGACAUUCCUUCGAAGUAGAUCUAUGGACACUAGGAAUCUUAAUAUAUGAAAUGAUUAAUGGAUAUCCACCUUUUACUGUUCCAGAUAGAAAUACUUAGAAGAUUCUAUCAUUAAUAUUACAAAAUCAGCCAGCUUAUACACCAAUAAUGAGUGAUGAAGCAGUAAAUUUAGUUUAAAGACUCUUAAAGGCUAAUCCUAAAGAAAGAAUUGGAGCUGAAAUGGGAUACUAAGAAAUAAAAUAUCACCCUUUUUUUGCAAAGAUCAAGUGGUCAGAGUUAUACAAUUUAAAUGUUAAAUCUCCGCUUAAAACAUUUGCAGAAUAAAAUGCUUCACGGUCUGAAGGAUUCAGAAUGCCUCAAAUUCAAAUUUAAGAGACCCCUAAUCCUCCAUAACCUAACAUAUAUGGUAUGAGUUAUGGAGGAGGAGACGAUACCUACAACUCUAAGAAACUGAAUUGAUAAUUAUUAAAUAUAUGAAUGGAUAAUUAUUCAUAAAA